UUCCUUUGCAAUUUGGUACAUUUAUGAAAAAACGUUUUAAUAAAGAUGAUAUUUCCUCACCAAAAGACUUUGAGCAUCUGAUACAUACUGAAAGUGAAGAACAAGCCCAAGAGUUUUUAGUUUAUUGGAAUGAAAAUCCAAACAAUAGCAAAUUACCAGAUGCUACGGUACAAUUUAAAACUUUAUCCAAAAUUUCAAAAGGUUUUGAUGUCGAAAAAAACUGUACUGGAACUGUUAUAAUUAAAAAUAACACAAGCAAUGUACAUAAAGAAGAAUUUUCUCAUCAGGAAAUAGUUCCAUCUUUGAUUACCAUAGAGAAAUCUGUAGCGACCAAAGUUUAUUUUGAAAAUUACUUUUAUAAUAUCCUCAAAAAACCUCCAGGACGUGUAAAACGUCGUUUACAACUUGAAGCAGAUUUGGAAAAAAUGGUAAUAUCUGAUAAAGAAAAACUGGAAAUCAGACAAGAUUGGCUUAACCUCGAGUCGGAGUAUAUGCGACUUUUGAGAAAAAAGAUUACCAUAAACUCUUUUAUCAUUAUUAAGACAAUUGGUCAUGGUGCAUUUGGAGUCGUGAAACUUGUAAAAGAAAGAGGCACUGGAAUAUUGUAUGCAAUGAAAAUCAUGAGAAAAGCUGAUAUGCUGAAGAAAGGUCAAGAAGGUCAUAUUCGUGCCGAACGAGAUCUUUUGACUGCAGCAGCAGAGUCUGCUCAUUGGAUAGUAAAGUUGAUUUAUUCUUUUCAAGAUUCAGAUCACUUGUAUCUUGUGAUGGAGUAUAUGCCUGGCGGUGACUUGCUUAAUCUUCUAAUUGAAAUGGAAAUAUUCAAAGAAAAUUUUGCAAAAUAUUAUAUCUCUGAAAUGAUAUUAUGUAUUGAAGAGGCACAUAAAAUGGGUUAUAUUCAUCGUGAUAUUAAACCUGAUAACUUUUUAUUUGAUGGCAAAGGUCAUAUAAAACUUUCAGAUUUUGGCCUUGCAACAGAUUUUCAUUGGGUACAUGAUUCGGCAUAUUAUGAACAACAACGAAGAGACUUAUUACAUAAAACAGGAGUAGAUAUUGAAACGGAUACUUUUUCCAAGGCUAUGAGUAAAAAAAUUAGAUCGUCAAAAUUGAUGGAACAAUGGUUAGAAGAAGAAGAUGCCGAGAAUGGUGGUGUUCCAAAAACCAGAAUUUUGAGUUGGAGAGAUAAAAAUCGAAAAAAAUUGGCUUUUUCAAUUGUAGGAACUAAUAAUUAUAUGGCGCCAGAGGUUAUAAGAGGCACUGGAUAUGAUAAAAGUUGUGAUUGGUGGAGUCUUGGAAUUAUACUCUUUGAGAUGUUGUAUGGGUAUCCACCUUUUGUUUCAGAGUCACGACAUGUAACUCGAUUAAAGAUAAUUAAUUGGAGACAAUCAUUAAAAUUUCCACAGCAUCCCCGAGUUUCACGCGAAGCAAAAAAUUUAAUUGAAAGAUUAAUUUGUGAAAAGGAGGAUCGACUUGGUUCAACAUUUUCCAACUCAAAAUUAAAAAAACCAAAUGAACUUUACAUGGCUAAUAGAAAACAAGCAGCAGUCGGACUAGGUGACGCGUCAGAAAUAAAGGCACAUCCAUGGUUUAAAGAUGUUAAUUGGGAAACUUUAUCCUCAAUACAACCACCAUUCCAACCUGAACUUAAACAUGAUAUUGAUACUAGAUAUUUUGAAGAGAUCGUUGACGAUAAACCUUUAGCAUCACCGGACGGUGAUAAAAAACCCAAAGAUCCUAUGUUAAGAGAUAAACAACACGGCAAACAAAUAUUGAAUACUAGAAAAGAUUUGGCAUUUGUCGGUUAUACUUAUAAGGGAUUGCCUUUAGAAAGUGGAAGAGGUGGUAUUGCUGAACGUGUUAGAGUAAGGAAUAAAGUUGUUGAUGAUGACGAAUAUGGGAGUUUGAGGAUUCGGUCAAUGAGUCUAUAG